UCUCACAGCUACAGUCUGUGUAUUGUACCGAUAUCUAUGACUAUUCUCUAAAAAGAGUAUUUUCAACCUGAAGACGUCAUUAGGACCCUUGGGAGUCGAACUGAAGGAUUUGAUUGGGCAGAUGAAAUUGUGUUUUGGUGUGUUGUCAUUCGAGAGAGAUUUGAUUGUUCUUUGGAUUAAAAACAUCAACUUCUCGUAGGUGACAUUCUUUAAUUAGAACAGUCCCAGUAUUGGAACUUUGCGUGUCAAUGAGUUGCUGUCUUUCUUCAUACAUACGCUGUAUACAUGAUAGAUCAGUCGCGUUAAUAUGAUAUGGACUCUCUGACAUUCAUUAAUGAAAAGUGAGACAAAAGCCAAUAUAUUGACAUUUUCCGCGCCAUCAGAUAUAUAUUGCGAACGGAUUUAAAUGCGCGUUCUUCUUUAGGAAGACAGCUUUUCUAUUUGAUGAACCAGAGUGUAUAGUACAUUCACGUCUAGAGAGAUUUUGUACUGGACAUUCCAUACUUCAGCCGGACACAAAGGAGUAUGAGGCCACAAUCUAGAGGUCAAUAGUCAAACAGCCUAUUACUUAUAUAUGCAUUAGUUUUAAUAGAGGACUCCACAUUGGAAAUUAACCUUGUUAGGUGGGUUCAUUACACGGUGAAUUGCAAUUUGUAACUAAUACAGAACGCUAAAUAUAGUAAGGUCUGUCAUAGGUAGCAACGCCUUGGAUACGUUCAUCCAGCAGUGUCACCGUGGGAAACAACGUAAGAGAAAUCGCAGGCAUGUGACGUAUUAUAAACGUACGUCUUUAUAAAGAAUAGUACUAUAAACAAAAUGAUCUUGUGAUGAUGUAAGAAAAACGGAUAUUAGUGAUUUACUUAAAAAAUAGCUGAACCUUUCGCGAGGGCUUUGGAACAACAUUACAACUGUACAACAUAAACGGUCAAAGAAAUGGGUUCGGGUUGUACUAAGGAGCAAAACACGGGCAGGCUCAACCUCAUUACAACUUUUCAAGGUCAUAGCGAUGGUAUAAACUGCAUGGCAUUAAGUGACAAUGGCUACAUACUGGUCACGGCAGGAGACGAUAAAACCGGAAAGGUAUGGGACGCUCGCUAUGGGAAGGGUUUCCGAAGAAUGGGCGAACUGGUAGGACACACUGGUUAUAUCUCCUGCAUCCUCAUUGUUGGAGAAUAUAUUUUGACCGGAAGUAGUGACAAAACAGUCCGGAAGUGGGAUGUUGCGAAUAACUUCCAGUCAAUUAUCAUCUGCAAAGGUCAUAUUUCGUUGAUUCACAGAAUACUUUGCACUGGUGAUUUCAUUUUUACCAGUAGUUUCGAUCAUACAUCAAGGUGUUUUGAUUUUGACAAUGGAGAAUGUUUACGGGUAUUCAAGGGACACGAGCGCGCCGUCUACCCUCUCGUGUUCAUCCCAACACAAGACGAGGACGACGAGGACAAUGCUGAUCAGGACGUAGAUAUGUCUAUUGGGAUCUUGUUGACGGGGUCAGCUGACAAUACUGCGAGGUCGUGGAACUGUGAUUCUGGUCAAACUGUCAACAUCUUCAAGGGUCAUAAAGGGCCUAUAACGUGCAUGGCAACAGAUGAUUCAAGAACUUUGCUAGUGACCGGAAGCGUCGAUUCAACUGUCAAGAUUUGGAAGAUUUCAUCAGCAGAAGUUAUGAAGACUUGUAGCGGACACACAAACACAAUCGUGUGCCUCCAGAUGUCCGGCCACCUGUUAUACACGGGCAGUUCAGACGGGACGGUUCGGGAGUGGCUGUACAAGUUUGGGGAGUGCUCAAUCGUGUUGAAAGGACACACGCAUACGGUAUCCAGUGUACGUGUGGAAAUCCUCAGCGAAAAAGAUUCUACCGGCCGCAUCAACACAAAACGGACAGUAUUCACGGGGUGUGGUGACAAGCUGGUUCGAUCGUUCGACCCAGACACAGGGCGUUUGAUAAAAUCUUUCUCUGGACACGAUAAAGGAAUCACAGCAAUCAAGGUUCACAGAGGCAUGUUAUACAGUGCUUCUUACGACGGCACAGUCAAACUUUGGCACGCGUUCGAUGUACCACCAAAGGAAUAUAAUAACAACGAUGGCGCUCAGGAAAAACAAAUCUCCUCUGACUUAAAGAGUCACAAGGACCAGCGAGAGGAAGCUUGAGUUUUGGUUUUUGAACAAUUUAACUACUGUGAUGAUUAUAUUUCAAUGUUUCUGAUUCAGAUCUUUCACCGUUCUUCAUCUUCAACGCUUUUUUCAAGUUAUGAAUGUAUCUUUGAACAGUCGGGCGAUAAAGGCCCUGUUGAUGGUCGUUAUAGUACAAAAACGACCCGGGUGUGAUUGUGUUGCUAUGUAACCCUGCUGCCUAUAUAUUUGUCAAUGCAAUAAUAUAUAUGAUGUAUAGGUCGGCGGCUAAGCACGUGGAACUUAUAAUGUCCCCGCUUGUGGACAUUGACUCGGCAGUAAUGGGUAUGUGUAGCAUAAAGGUCCUGUUGGUGGACAUUCCAAUAGAAUAAGCCCGUGGUAAAAGGGUAUGAGUACUAAAAAGGCCCUGCUGGCGGAUUUUGAAGUAAAAUUGGGUCCGAUGAUUAAUGGAACCGCUAUGAUGGCGGUCCCAUUGUUUGAUAUAGGAGUAAAAGUUGACCGUUGACAUUACCAUAUUGGUGUAAAUAUGGGUACUGUAGUAACAUAUGGGCCGGUAAUUGAUUGUGGCCGGUUGGUGAACACGUGGAAAUGAUCCGGCGGUUGGUUGUGGCAAUGCUGGUGGACAUUAUAGUAAUUAUGAGCCAGCUGGGUUGUAGCCCUGCCUGUGGACAUAGUAGUAAAUAUGGGCCGUCGGUUGGUUGUAGCCCUGCUGCUGGACAUUGUAGUAAAUAUGGACCGUCGGUUGGUUGUGGCCCUACUGCUGGACAUUGUAGUAAAUAUGGGCCGUCGGUUGGUUGUAGCCCAGCUGCUGGGCAUUGUAGUAAAUAUGGACCGUCGGUUGGUUGUGGCCCUGCUGCUGGACAUUGUGAUAAAUAUUGGCCGUCGGUUGGUUGUAGCCCUGCUGCUGGACAUUGUAGUAAAUAUGGACCGUCGGUUGGUUGUAGCCCUGCUGCUGGACAUUGUAGUAAAUAUGGGCCGUCGCUUGGUUGUAGCCCUGCUGCUGGACAUUGUAGUAAAUAUGGGCCGUCGGUUGGUUGUAGCCCUGCUGCUGGACAUUGUAGUAAAUAUGGGCCGUCGGUUGGUUGUGGCCCUGCUGUUGACAUUGUAGCUAAUAUGGGCACGCGGUAAUAGGUAGCGGCCCUGCUGGUGGACAAGUAAAAUUAACACGACGGCAAUGCACAUCAUGAUGAUAGCAAUAUUGAAAUAAGAAUGUGCCGACAUAUUAGGCCCAAGGUGACAAACACGUCGCGUUAACAACUGUCAUUCUAUUAAUAGUUCCACUAUAUAUGCUCAAUUACCAUGAUUGGAGGAAAGACGGCACGUGACAGUCUUUAAUUCGAAAUAAGAUUUUAACUUUCGUUAUCUUAGGAGUGGACAAUAGUUUAAACAUGAAAUGAUAUGAUAAAAAAAAUAAAGGACUGUUCCUCGGUGACUAUUGCUGGAAUCAGGUUCACAAACAGUGGUUAGACCCCAGUCGAUGUCUUAAGUCUGUCAAUUGUUGUUUAUCAAGCCCAGUUUAUUUAUCAAAAUAGAAUUGACAUCAAAGGUAUCUAGGGUAUAGAUUUUACAACAUAUAUAUAUUCCAAACAAUAGCGCUUAGUGUGACCAUUUGAAUGUUUGUACUUAUCAUUAGCUGAACCUUUUCCGUUCAAUAUUUUACACAAAAAUAAUUUUCUUUUGUGUAUCGAUACAACUGAUACAUGAUAAAUCUAUAUAUGUAUAUACAUGUAUAUUCUCACACCUGGGAAAUGUUUUAAUUUACCAGGGAUGUGACAUACCGCAUUCAUACUAUAAUCAAUUGUACAUAAAUCAGAGAUCGAAAUUAAUUGACUUCGUAAGCGUGACAUAUAUAUAUCAUCUGUAUAUAUACAAUGUACGUACCCAAGUGUCACACGCCUUUACUUACGGAAAUUGAUGUUUUAAAAAAUCAAUGUCACAAUUAUACAGCAGCCUCUCCCGCACAGAAUUAGCAUAACCUAUUUUUAAUAAAAUGCAGAGUGCAUCUUACAUAUAUACACUUUAUUUUUAAUUUUUACCAUUUUUUUUUUUCCGUUCAUUUCCUCGUCGUACAUUAUGCGUUUAAUGUGUAAAUAGAAUAUGUUCAAAACGCCUCGUACUAAACCUCGAACAUUUUACCUUGCUUAAAUAUCUCGAUCUACAUCACAUUGCAAUGAUGGUUUAAUUUUUAUUUUCUAUCUUCGAAUAUUUCAUCAUGCUUCAUUCAGAGAUGAAAAUGUUCAGCCGAUUGGCUGAUUUCAGCCUUUUUGAGAAUAUCAGUGUAAUGUAAACUUGUGAUUUUUCCCAUUGAAAAGAUUGAGUAAUCUAAUUUUCAGAUUUUUUGCCCUUAAUCCAUUUUCAUCUCUGUCCAUUUUAAUUGUAUUUUGAAUUACAAUUUGAUGUGAUGACGUUUUGUCUAUCAGUAUUAUGAUAUCGUCGUGUUCGUCUGUAACUGCGCAUGUCCGCUUCCGAUAAAACUGAAUAUGAUAUACUGUCAUUUAAUAUUUUUGACGUUAUUUGUUAAUAUCAUAAGCAAUAAAAUUAUUUUUUCUUC